CAGGGGUCUGCCCAGGAGCUGAACCUGGGUAGAGGGAAGAAAGCAGAGGAUGGGUGAACGGCUGAAUUGGGCACCGUCAGCAAAAAAGAGCGAUGGAAGAGUCUGACCCUAGAGCCAUAGUAGACACCCCUCUGCUCUCCCAGGCCAGGCUGGAUUCGAGGGAAGAGGCCUGGUGUCCUCAGAGGGAUCUUCAGCUCAGGGAGGGGAAUGGGGCCUGUAGGUGGAGCUCAGGAAACAGGGAGUAGACAUCCUGGGUAACUUCCCCAGCUCUAUGUCUAUGUCUCCAUCUCCCCGUCUCGCUGCAAUGAGGGAUCUUCUGGCCGCAAGUUCUUUGAGACCUCUCUCGCUCCCCACCCCACUCCCCAGCUAACAGUUUUCCAGAAACCGUCAGGGGGAUCCAGGGGGCAGGGUUCCCCCCUUCCCUCCCCUCAGGGGGCCUCCCUAGGUGCUCCAAGUGCGUGUGUGUGUGUCUGACCCAAGAACUCAAUAGAGGAGCCUGGAAGCCUCCAGCUUGGGAGUGGGGCCAGGGCUCAAGCUGCUUGAGGGAACUGGCCGGGCCCUCAUCCAGGUUGCCUCCUCUGAUCUGAGGCUAGGCUGAGACUGGGGCUCUCCCUCUGGGACAGCUGCUGCUUCUAUAACAGACUGGGCGAGAGCAGAGAAUUCAUUGCAGACUCCCCAGGGCCCCUCCCACCUCCUCUCUCCUCUCCCUGGUGUCAGGCAGGGCAAGAAUCUGGGGAGGGUGGAGGCCACUCAAAGCCACUCAGUCCCCUGGUGGCUAGACUCCCCACUCCCAAGGGUCAAGACUAAAGCAGCCACCAACACUGUAAGCGGGGUGGGAAGACUAGAUCCCACCAGUAAGUUGGGGGCAGACCGUCUAAGAUGCUACCUUUCUACUGGGAGGAGUCUUGACCCUACCGCUGCACAAGGGGACCCUGGAUCCUGCCAUUGUAGAUGAAGAAGCUAGUACUGCCAUUCAUUUGGGGAGAUGCGGAUUAGACAUCGCUAUUGUUUGAGGGGGAUUUAGACACCUCCAUUGAAUGGCCGGGGUGGGGGAAGACUAGACCCCUGUCAUUGUAUGAGGGGGAAGCUAGAAGAGCCUUUCAGGAAAUCAGACACUUCCCUUGGGGGAAAGGAGACAGAUGAUGCCAUCUUUCUGGGGGAGAGGGAAAUGGGGAGGACAGGGCAGAACUUGUUCCAGCCAGGCACAGAGAUGCAGUUGAGGUUUUCCUCUUUUCAGGGAAUGGGGGGGGUGGGGACGGGGCCCCCCACCUUCCUGACACCAGCGCUGCCUUGAUUCCUCUUCCCGCCGGGGAUGGUCGCAGUCUUUGUGUGCCCUGGGACCCUGCAGAAGGUACUGGAGGCCACGUCCACCCAUGAGUCAGAACACCAGUCUGGGGCCUGGUGCAAGGACCCUCUGCAGGCUGGUGACCGCAUCUAUGUCAUGCCCUGGAUCCCGUACCGCACGGACACGCUGACCGAGUACGCCUCCUGGGAGGACUACGUGGCUGCCCGCCACACCACCACCUAUCGGCUGCCCAACCGGGUGGAUGGCACAGGUUUCGUGGUGUACGACGGCGCCGUCUUCUACAACAAGGAGAGGACGCGCAACAUUGUCAAAUACGACCUGCGGACCCGCAUCAAGAGUGGAGAGACGGUCAUCAAUACCGCCAAUUACCACGACACCUCACCCUACCGCUGGGGGGGCAAGACGGACAUCGACCUGGCAGUGGACGAGAAUGGGCUGUGGGUGAUCUAUGCCACAGAGGGCAACAACGGGCGGCUGGUGGUGAGCCAGCUUAACCCCUACACUCUGCGCUUUGAGGGCACCUGGGAGACGGGCUAUGACAAGCGUUCGGCCUCCAAUGCCUUCAUGGUGUGUGGCGUGCUCUAUGUUCUACGCUCUGUCUACGUGGACGAUGACAGUGAGGCGGCCGGCAACAGGGUGGACUAUGCCUUCAACACCAACGCUAACAGGGAGGAGCCCGUGGGCCUGGCCUUCCCCAACCCCUACCAGUUCGUGUCUUCCGUCGACUACAACCCCCGUGACAACCAGUUGUACGUCUGGAACAACUACUUCGUGGUGCGCUACGGGCUGGAGUUCGGGCCACCUGACCCCAGUGCAGGCCCAGCAACUUCACCCCCGCUCAGCACCACCACCACAGCUCGCCCGACCCCGCUUACCAGCACAGCCUCGCCCGCUGCUACCACCCCACUGCGCCGGGCGCCCCUCACCACCCACCCUGUGGGCGCCAUCAACCAGCUGGGGCCCGACCUGCCGCCUGCCACAGCUCCAGCCCCCAGUACCCGCCGGCCCCCGGCUCCCAACCUCCACGCCUCCCCAGAGCUUUUUUGUGAGCCCAAAGAGGUCCGGCGCGUGCUGUGGCCAGCCACGCAGCAGGGUAUUCUGGUGGAGAGGCCCUGUCCCAAGGGGACAAGAGGAAUCGCCUCCUUCCAGUGUCUGCCGGCUCUGGGCCUCUGGAACCCUCGGGGCCCCGAUCUCAGCAACUGCACCUCCCCCUGGGUCAACCAGGUGGCCCAAAAGAUCAAGAGUGGGGAGAAUGCAGCCAACAUAGCCAGCGAGCUGGCCCGCCACACGCGAGGCCCAAUCUAUGCAGGUGACGUUUCUUCCUCUGUCAAACUGAUGGAACAGCUGCUGGACAUCCUGGAUGCCCAGCUCCAGGCUCUGCGGCCCAUCGAACGCGAGUCAGCUGGCAAGAAUUACAACAAGAUGCACAAGCGGGAGAAGACCUGCAAGGACUACAUCAAGGCGGUGGUGGAGACGGUGGACAACCUGCUGCGGCCCGAGGCGUUGGAGUCCUGGAAAGAUAUGAACACCACAGAGCAGGUGCACACAGCCACCAUGCUGCUGGACAUUCUCGAGGAAGGGGCCUUCCUGCUGGCAGACAACGUCAAGGAGCCCGCCCGCUUCUUGGCCGCCAAGCAGAAUGUGGUGCUGGAGGUGACGGUGCUGAACACAGAGGGCCAGGUGCAAGAGCUGGUGUUCCCCCAGGAGUACCCCAGCGAGAACUCCAUCCAGCUCUCCGCCAACACCAUCAAGCAAAACAGCCGCAACGGAGUGGUGAAGGUGGUCUUCGUUCUCUACAACAAUCUGGGCCUUUUCCUUUCCACGGAGAAUGCCACCGUGAAACUGGGGGGUGAGGCAGGAGCAGGGGCAAGCGGCACCUCCCUGGUGGUAAACUCGCAAGUCAUCGCAGCGUCAAUCAACAAGGAGUCCAGCCGUGUCUUCCUCAUGGACCCGGUCAUCUUCACCGUCGCCCAUCUCGAGGCCAAGAACCACUUCAAUGCCAACUGCUCCUUCUGGAAUUACUCAGAGCGCUCCAUGCUCGGCUACUGGUCGACCCAAGGCUGCCGGCUGGUCGACUCCAACAAGACCCACACCACCUGCGCCUGCAGCCACCUCACCAAUUUCGCUGUGCUCAUGGCACACCGCGAGAUUUACCAGGGCCGGAUCAAUGAGCUGCUGCUGUCGGUCAUCACCUGGGUCGGCAUCGUGAUCUCGCUGGUCUGCUUGGCCAUCUGCAUUUCCACCUUCUGCUUUUUGCGGGGGCUGCAAACUGACCGUAACACCAUCCACAAGAACCUCUGCAUCAACCUCUUCCUGGCCGAGCUGCUCUUCCUCGUUGGCAUUGACAAGACCCAGUAUGAGAUUGCCUGCCCCAUCUUUGCCGGCUUGCUGCAUUAUUUCUUCCUGGCGGCCUUCUCGUGGCUCUGUCUGGAGGGCGUGCACCUCUACUUACUGCUGGUGGAGGUGUUUGAGAGCGAAUACUCCCGCACCAAGUACUACUACUUGGGUGGUUACUGCUUCCCUGCCCUGGUCGUGGGCAUCGCUGCCGCCAUCGACUACCGCAGCUACGGCACCGAAAAGGCCUGCUGGCUCCGCGUGGAUAACUACUUCAUUUGGAGCUUCAUCGGGCCCGUCUCCUUUGUCAUUGUGGUAAAUCUGGUGUUCCUUAUGGUGACGCUGCACAAGAUGAUCCGCAGCUCGUCCGUGCUCAAGCCCGACUCCAGCCGCCUGGACAACAUCAAGUCCUGGGCCCUGGGUGCCAUUGCACUGCUGUUCCUGCUGGGACUCACGUGGGCCUUUGGCCUUCUCUUCAUCAACAAGGAAUCAGUGGUCAUGGCCUAUCUCUUCACCACCUUCAAUGCUUUCCAGGGGGUCUUCAUCUUUGUCUUUCACUGCGCCUUGCAAAAGAAGGUGCACAAGGAGUAUAGCAAGUGCCUGCGCCACUCCUACUGCUGCAUCCGCUCCCCACCUGGAGGCACUCAUGGCUCCCUCAAGACUUCGGCCAUGCGCAGCAACAACCGCUACUACACAGGCACCCAGAGUCGGAUCCGGAGGAUGUGGAAUGAUACAGUGAGGAAGCAAACUGAGUCAUCCUUCAUGGCUGGGGAUAUCAACAGUACUCCCACCCUGAACCGAGGCACCAUGGGGAACCACCUGCUGACCAAUCCUGUGCUACAACCCCGUGGGGGCACCAGUCCUUACAACACCCUUAUUGCCGAGUCCGUGGGUUUCAACCCCUCUUCACCCCCUGUCUUCAACUCUCCAGGGAGCUACCGUGAGCCCAAGCACCCACUUGGCGGCCGAGACGCCUGUGGCAUGGAUACCCUCCCACUCAAUGGCAACUUCAACAACAGCUACUCGCUUCGCAGCGGUGACUUCCCCCCGGGGGACGGAGGCCCCGAGCCGCCCCGGGGCCGGAAUCUGGCCGACGCAGCGGCCUUUGAGAAGAUGAUCAUCUCGGAAUUGGUGCACAACAACCUGCGGGGGAGCGGUGGGGCCGCCAAGGGCCCUCCCCAGCCUGAGCCCCCUGCGCCUCCGGUCGCAGGAAGUGGCAGCGGAGAGGAGGAAGCCGGGGGCCCGGGUGGGGCCGACCGGGCCGAGAUCGAACUGCUGUACAAGGCCCUAGAGGAGCCCCUGCUGCUGCCCCGGGCCCAGUCGGUGUUGUACCAGAGCGACCUGGACGAGUCAGAGAGCUGUGCUGCUGAGGACGGGGUGGCCAGCAGGCCCCUCUCCUCACCCCCCGGCCGGGACUCACUCUAUGCCAGCGGGGGCAACCUGCGGGACUCGCCCUCCUAUCCGGACAGCAGCCCCGAGGGGCCCAGUGAGGCCCUGCCCCCUCCUCCCCCUGCCCCGCCGGGCCCUCCUGAAAUCUACUACACCUCUCGCCCGGCCCUGGUGGCCCGGAACCCCUUGCAGGGCUAUUACCAGGUACGGCGGCCUAGCCAUGAGGGCUAUCUGGCCACCCCUGGGCUGGAGGGGCCGGGGCCUGAUGGGGAUGGGCAGAUGCAGCUGGUCACCAGCCUCUGAAGGGCCCCACGGACCCAGGGGGGCUGGGCAGCCUAGCCCCAGGGGAGGGGGCCCCCGGGCAGGGAAGGACUUUGAGGGACAGAGGGCAGACUGAAGGGGAGAGUGGGAGGCUGGCCGCCCUCUCCAGAUGCACCCCUUGCCCACAAGCCCUGUCGUUCCCCUUUCAGGGGAACCCGAGAGGUGGGCUGGGCAGCAGGGGACAAGGGGAUUCCCAUUGGCCAUACACACCAGCUCUAUU